CCUCCCCCUCCUCCACCUCCUCCACCACCACCCCUUUUGAGUUCACAGCGUGAUUCACUCUCCUCUCCUCAACCCAAAACAACCACUCUGCCUCCCCCUCCCUCUCUCUUCCAAUUCCUUCAAUUAAAUUAGCUGGCCCUUCCUCAAUAUUCAGUCUCUGUCUUCUUUGCUCUCUCUCUCCUUUGUCCCUUCCUAUUCACUCUCCUCCACAUGAUGUUUCAUUGAUCAAGCUUGUACUGAACUUCCUCUAUCUCAGUCCCGACAGUACAAGCGACAUGGCGACAAAACUGAAAGAGAGCGCUUCUCUGGGGAAGCAAAAGAAGGUCACCUCUCCUUUGGAUCAUCGUCCAACCGGCACCGUCCAAACCAAAAGAUCUAGUACUACUUUAAAGCAAUCCACCUCAUCAUCUUCUGCGACCACCAAUGGCGCUCCGACAGCAUCAGAUAGGCAAGUCCCGAAUUAUCUGAAACCGACAGUGAGCUCACGGGUUGAAUCGCAAAAGCCCGCAACAAAGAAACAUGUCUCAUUGUCGCCUGGAGCUUCUGCUCAGAAGCCUAGUCUCUCCAGAAGAAACUCUUUUGACAAGUCUCAUUCAUCUGCUCAGAUGCAAAAGACUUUCACUUCAUCAGGUCCAAGAGAGAGGUCCCUAACAAUUAGAUCUUCAUCUUUCUCCACCGGUUCAGCGAGACCAGUUUUGGAUAGGACCUUAAAAACACCUAAAGCUGGUCCUGUCAAGUCUCAGGCUUCAAAUAUAGCUGGUAAUAAGAACACAAGGAAGAGCCCAGUUUCAACUCCUUCAACCAUCAAGAAGGAGACCGGUUGGUUGAGUAGACCUCCGAGCAGUCCCGACAUAAAUUCAGAGAUAUCGAAUGCCGAAUCAGGAAACUUAGACAACAAGAAACAGGAGGUGAAAGACAUGGAAGAGGUCAUCAUUGUGAAAGUCGAGGGUGAUCAUGGGGAAGAAGUUGCCCCGGAUUUGCAGGAACCUGAAAAUAUCAUUGAUGAACAUGAUGAUAUCAUCCUGGCAGAUGAUGAACUUGUGAAAGAUCAAGAGACUCUGCUAGAUCAGGCUUGUGUCAUUUCCACAGUGGACCAAGAUCAUGAUUCAACUGAAUUUUCCCAGAGAGAAUCAGAAGAUACCAAGGACAAAUUAGCAGAACAAGAAGCUAUUGAAACCUCUCUUGGUGACAAGAUCAGAGAGGACAAAGAUCAAAUUUUGAGUGAUCAGUCCAAUAUUAUACAAGAGGAGAUGUCAACAGAAGUCGCUAAAGCUGACUCAGAAGAUAAAAUUGAAGACCAUGCACUGGAAAAGACCGACACUGUCGCUGCGGAAACUGGAGAAGCAGAGGCUACAAGUGAGAAGCCCGAGCAAGCAGGUGAAGAACAGAACCAGAACAAGCCCAUAACACCAAAUGAUGAAGAGAAAGAUGCGACAAUGGAGGGCACAGUGACAGAAGAAGCAAAGCCAUUGACAAUCAAGACCAUUACACCGUCCAAGAGCCAGAGACUGACUCAGGGGAACUCGAAGAAGGAUUCGCCAGCAUACAAUGACGUGAUUGCAGAGACCUCGAGCAAGCUGAUGGAGAAGAGGAAGAACAAGGUGAAGGCACUGGUGGGAGCUUUCGAGACCGUCAUAUCCUUGGAAGAGCCUCAAGCUUGACACGACUCCGCCUUCCCCCCGACGCCGGCACAGACGGAUAAUAUGUAUGGUUUCCUUGAAUUGUUCUUGUAUAAAUGCAACGAGUAAUAGAAAAAUGCAUAGGAUGUGUGAGUGGAGAGACUUUCCUCUCUUCAUUGCGAGAGUCGCUGUAAGAUCAAAUUAGAGUUCUUGCUUGUUCUUUCUUUGUGUUUUCCCUUUGAUGGACAUGGUUCCAGUUGGAAUGUAAAAUGAUGUGUUCGUGUU